CUCAUUGCACGUGAGAACAUGCUGACGCGAUUCGGACGCGUACUUCACAUAUAAUGAAAUAUUACGGUCUUGGGACUUAUAAAGCACACCGGGGGCCGGGCGAUUAUUCAGUUUCGUUCCAAGCAGUCAUCGCGUAUAAGCCACGAGGAUUUUUAGCGUGUGUGAUCUUUUCCUUUAACGGAUACUUUUAAUACCACUUUGCACUUUCGUCCCAUAAUUGAUCCAGUUCAUUAUCGCCGGAUGACAUAGUUCGUUAAGCCAAUGAGAAAAUGACGAUUGAAAUUUACAAGGGCCACGUUUAUGCGCCGUCCGCCAUCCGGAGUGAAAAUCUCUCAGUUUUCUGGAAAUGCUUCAAUAGUGGUUUUUUACUGGCUGCAUGCGGCUUGUUACUUGGAGUAUGGCUAUCAAAAAGAGUCCUAAACUGGCGGCAGAAGCGAUUCAAAUUUCUGAAAUUAGCAGCAAAGUUGCCGGGACCACCGGCGCUUCCUCUCAUUGGAAAUGCGCUUUACUUCGCCUGCGGAUCUGAUGAAAUGCUGCACAGGAUCGUCAACCUUAGCAAGAGUUACGAUACACCAGGUCGGUUCUGGCUGGGACCAAAACUUUACGUAGUUAUAACGAAACCCGGUGACAUCGAAGUGAUUUUGGGCAGUGCUAAAGCUACGCAUAAAGACAGCGUUUAUCGUUUCAUGGAGCCCUUCAUAGGGCAGGGUCUAGUGACGGGUUCAGGUCCGACGCAUCGAGCUCACAGAAAAGUAAUCAUGCCAAUGUUGAACGGAAAGGUGCUCGAUACGUUCGUAGAAUACUUUGAUCGUCAGAGUCGUUGCUGCGUUAAGGAAUUGGAGAAAGUCGCAGACACUGGGGAAUUCGACAUCUAUCCGUUUAUCGAGCAUUGUACUAUUGAUAUCAUUUUAGAAACCGUGAUAGGAACUCCCGGUACGACGCAGCAGCAAGAAUAUAAACACCUGGUCGAAGCGAACAGAAGCAUGUACAAGAUCGUUUACUCGAGGAUGAUGAAACUGUGGUUACAUCCGAACUGGAUCUAUGCACGUACCAAUUACAGCGAACAACAAAGUACAGCGAUGGAAGUGAUUCACGGGUUCAUUGAAAGCCUCAUUGCUCGGAAGAGGAAAGAGCAUCACGCUGUGCAAAGGGGUUCUGUGAUACCCGAUAGACCUCGAGUGAUGCUACUAGAGCAGCUGAUAGCUCAUGUUGAGCAAACCAACCUUAUGGACGACAUACGACUCAGAGAUGAAGUAUACACAUUAUUUACAGCGGCACAAGACACUACGGCUGUCAUCAGCUCUUUCACAUUACUGAUGCUGGGGAUGCACCAGACGGUUCAGAACAAGGUACGCGCAGAGCUCAGUGAAGUCUUGGGAGAAAAAAAUGUGACCGCGGAGGUUUUAUCCAAACUACGGUACUUGGAAAUGGUUAUCAAGGAAACAAUUCGUCUAUUUCCCAUUGCACCGUUAAUGUUGCGUGAACUCAAAGGCGAAGUAGACCUGGAAACAUGUACAUUGCCAGAGGGUUGUUCAGUCGCGAUAUUGGCAUACCAAACCCACCGUGAUCCGAGGUACUGGUCGAAUCCCGAUAAAUUUGAUCCGGACAGGUUCUUAGCGGAAAAUUCAGUGGGCAGGCAUCCCUACGCGUACAUACCGUUCAGCGGUGGUCUGAGGGGUUGCAUCGGACAAAAGUUCGCCAUGAUGUGUCUAAAAACUAUCGUGGCGAUCAUUAUACGAAGAUAUCAAUUGAGUUGCAACGGCUCUUUGGAAAAUCUCAGGCUGACAACUGACAUCUCCAUUCGGUCCAUCGAUGGCUAUAAAAUAUCGAUCACGAGAGUUUAAAAUCUGCAGUAUUAUUCGAUCGAAUAUUCAGAAAUAAUGCUCCUGAUCCUGUAAUGAUAUGUUCUUCUCAACAGGAUGUGCCGCAUUCGAGCCUCAGUUUAAUUGACUUUGAUAUAGAGUAGUUGUUUUAAUACACUGUUCCGGUGAAGUUUAGAUACAUGCAACUAAUGUAAUUGAUUUUAUUCUCAAUCUAUGAGAUAGGUAACAUAUCAAGUGCUGAAUGUACGGCGUGUCAUUAAGUUUGCGACAUGUGACACGGAAAAAUGAUCAGUGUAAAUACAAUUCAAGUCCGUAGUUAUAAGAUCAUGACACGUGUCUUAAAAUCAGGUCAUAAUCCCAUAGCAGAUAAUGGUGCUGACCCCUCAGCUCGUUAUUGAAUACCAACCAAUUGACAUCGCUGGGCCAGGCUAGACCUAGUUCAUUCGUCUGUGGGUUCAUUUCACGCCACACUUAAAGUAUAUAAAAGUGCAACAAAAUUGUCAACUGCAAAUCAGAGUUAGAUGCCGAAUUACAUGUUUUCGCUCGUCUUUAUGACAGAUUACGUUACGGAAAAAAAGGAUGACAGGGUGAUUUGGAUUUUGCUGUUAAUAAAUCAAAAACCAACGAGAAUAUAUAAUAGAUAUCGAGACUUCACCACAACCGCAAUGAUAGUGUUCGGAAGCAAGUGAAGGCAUCACGAUUUCCAUUGAAUUUUCGGAACUAUUUGCCUGAAAUCUUAAUAAAAAUGCUUUGAGCACUCCA